AUUGUCGUCCUUGCCAUUAUGUCACCAUCAUCAUAAUUUAUCGGCGACAGCAAUUCCCGAACACGCAUUCUGGCAGCAUAACGCCAAUUGCCAUCUCUUAUCAAUGCUUCAUUUUGUCAUGAAGUAAUGAGCUCUAUAUUUGCGCAUCAUGUACGGUUCUAUGAUAAGCCACACCGGAUAAACCCUUACGCCCCCACAUCAUCCCGUCCCAUCCAUCCACUUUUCCGUUAAUAGAUUGUCGAGAGGUGGUAUUGUCUAGACUGGUGCGGGCCAGAAAUAGCUUGACAUCUUCGUCAUACACCAAAACACUGCGUGUGUGUUGCGUCUCACAACACAACUGUUUUGGUAAACUUGUUCCCUUAUCGGUUGGAUAAAGGUUAGUAUCACCGAGUUGAUGGACCAAUCCCGGACGUCCGUGAUCGAGAGUCAGCCGUGCACGCGUCGCAUUGGGACUACCGCUGUCGGUGAUGUACCCCUAUAUAAGGUGACGGUAUGGAGAAUGUGUAGAUACUAUUGACUGAACCAAGUCAACGUGAGGUACACCAAGAGAAAAAUGAAACAGCCAAUUUGCACGGUAUCGUUCAGCGGCGUGUGUUGUGUGUAGUACCAGUGCAGUAUCAAUGCGUGUGUGAGUGAACUGCAGACACGCAUACAAAGGUCUUUGCAGCGAUACAUAAUUUUACUCAGGAAAAUCUGUGGUUUGUUCGGCGGGCUGGUUUUCCCUUUCCGACAGAUAAUCACAUGGUGGUGAUAGGAACUGGCUGCACCAUUUGGUUACCGACAACAAGAAGGCGGGCAGUCAGGGAUAUUAUUGUACGUCGGCCGCUGACCUGCCGCUGGCAGAAGAUGGGCACGUUGGUCCCACCACGGAUGACGUCCCUGCAUCUCACCGUGAUGUGCCUGGCGCUGUGGGCGCUGCUCCAGGCAGCUACCGGUGGCUCGGGCCAGUGUAAGCUCAACUUCCAGGAGUAUCAGAAUCGCCGUCGCUCGGCCAUCCAGGCUCAGAUCUUGAGCAAGCUGGGCCUGACGGCGCCUCCCACGGACAUUGGGCCGGAGGAGGUGCCAGAGGAUGUUAUAGCCAUGUACAACGAGACGGUCAGGAUCCUUGAGGAGCGGAGAGAGAUGAUGGAGUCGGUCUGCCAGCAAGCUCAAUCGGAGGAGUACUUCGCUAAGGUGCCCAAGGUUUACCCGUUGGACAAGAAAGUGAACCCAGACAUCGACAACUACCAGACAAUGAAGCUCAAACAGUCCAAGUUUUUCCGUUUUGAUCUGAGCUCCUACACCGCUGACGUUAACUCGGACGAGGUAUUCGAGGCGGAGCUCAGACUCUACCAACUGCCCAACGCUAUGAAGGAAGAGGAGCAGCACAUCGACGUGUACCAGCUAAUACCGUCUCCUAGCAACGGCAACCCCGGGAGGAAGCACGUCUUCAGCACGGUGCUGGAUACCACGACGGAGGGCUGGAUCAAGAUAGACGUCACUCAAGCCGUCCGAGAGUGGGUCAGCAUACCAGGUUCAAAUCUUGGCAUUGAGGUAACGACCCCCUGUGAUGACACAAUCCACGUGCUUUUUGCUCAUCCAAAGGGAACUAUGCCCAGUGUUAAAAUGCCGACACGAGGCGACCAGCAGAUGGCAGACAUGUCCCCACGGGAACAGCACCCACGACUGAUCGUGCUGGCCCCGGCCAACGACACCAUAGGCUCCAACAGCGGCACCGGUCACCGCAGUCGACGGAGUACCUCCACCUACGGUCAGAACACCUGCUCGGACCAGACGCAGCCCAGCUGUUGCCUGCGGCAGUUCUAUGUCAACUUUAAACGCCACUUGGGCUGGGGCUGGAUACGUCAGCCUAAGGGUUACUACCCAAACUACUGCGCCGGUUCCUGCUCGUACGUCAACGGCAGCGUAUGGAACGCACAAACUCACCACGGCUCGGUGCUGGAUACGUACCGGCGACUGAACCCAGACGCUUCGCCCUCGCCUUGCUGUUCGCCUCGGAGUUUUAAACCACUUCAUAUAUUGUUUUACGAUAAGGGCAGGCCUUUGUUUAGAGAACUGCCGAACGCCAUUGUGACAUCGUGUCAGUGCAGCUAGUACGGAAAGCAUCGGCUUUUAACGUAGCUUUAGCUGUGUACUCAAGUUGAGAAUAAUGCAUCGGAUUUGCACUGAAACGGCAUCGUGGCUUAAACUUUUUGAUGGGCACAGUCAAGUAUCACCAGUUUUCUUCCUCAAACACCAACUUAAACGGAGUGUCAUCUCCGAAGACACCGCACAGAUGUGAUGUUACGCCUCGAUGCCCCAAGCAUAGGAAUAACUUUGGAAAGAAAGCUAACAACUUUUUGUCCAGUUGGAUAAAGCAUUUGUCCACAUGCAGUCGUGAAGCUGAUGGGUUAUUUUGAAGCAAAUUGGUGUUCCGUUCCACAUUGUAGCUACCGGGCCCUCUCUUGCACCAUUGUUUUGCACACCGAUGGUUCCCUUUGUACUUAAUUACGAAAUAAGGUUAUUAGGAACCAGUAAUGCAAACAUCAAUUGUCUGGUCUCAACCACCACUGCGUUCCGAUCGAGACAGGCUAGUCAAACUAUGAUCAACCAUCUUGCGCUCGAACCUGCUAAUCAUUGGUGAUAGUGGAAUUGGCCUAGGUACGGCUUCGAACAUGAUCAUCUCAAGUGGAGUUGACUUCAAAGUGAUCUCUGCAGAACCCUCAUGAUAGAAUUUCGCAUGUAUGCACACGCAGAGUUCUUUUCUACUGGGGGGAAAAAUCCGAAUUAAUUUUCUCUCCUAUACACCCUGAACCGCGUGCAUGCUUGCUUUGUUCGCGAUAUAUCAGGUGAACUUGAUACGAUGUGGCUGUUCAAUAGUAUGUCAUAAAAUGCACACGGUUGUGACUGAGAAACAUUUCGAGUUAAGAAAAAUGAAAAAACUCGAUAAUUAAAUGAAUGAGGUUGAUCACGAUGCAGGGUUCGACAAGUGUUAUAUCAAGGAAAUACUGAGAUAGAGUAUGUAUAUAUUUUGCAGCGAUACAAUCGCUAUUAAAAAAAAAUUGACGUCUCCAUCAUAACGACAACUAUUUGUUAAAAUACAUUUGUUUGAGUGAAAAAUGUGUAAUGAAAAUUUUGACUUCCUAAAAACGGGUUUCUCAAACGCACCGCGCAUGUCUCACAGCAACGAGAACGUCCUUAGGUCUAACACACUGGAUUUUACAAGAGUCCAUAAUUUAAUAACACUGGCGGUAACCACUCGGUCAUUUUUGGUCUAACCGGUAAAACUGAACGUCUUGUCGAUGACCGCUCUGCAAAAACAGUUGAUGGAGAUGUCUUACGCGCGGAGGGCGGUAGAUAGACCUCCGGGCUAUUUAAAAAAAAAACUGCUGUAAACUAAAAGGUACGAAGUACCGCGAUAUUUUUGUAAACUCAGUAUAUAUCACGUAGCUUUUUGUUUAGCUUAAUUACUGUUAUUUGUUAUUCAAUUUUUUGAAAGUACUCGGGCUGUUUUACAGUGUCUUACUAAAUUAUUGGGGACAGACUAAAACAGUAUAUUUAAGCCUUAAUUUAUGGCAGAGUUAAGUUAUGAAUGAGAUACCAAAGAGAGCUAUGGACAAUGAGAAGAUGGCUGAGGCUGGACUGGAUUCUAAUAAAGUCAGAAAAUAUCAAUGUAUACUCUUGAAUAAGGAAAAGAAGUGUGCAAAACGAUGUAUUCCUCCUUGGGAAUGAAGGUGCGUAAUCUGCUUUCGGGAGCCACAGGCGCAGCUUGGGAAUUGACUUGAACAAAGGAAGUUAUAUGCAACUUAAUAUUAAUGCAACAGGAAUCAGUGAAUCGAAGCAAACUCUUUUGAAACACAUUGGGAGUGAUUAAAAAAAGUUUGCCCUCUGCUGCUUAAAGUGAAUGCGGUAAUGAAUGAAGGCUCGUCUUUGAUGGCUCAGAAAUAUUCAGACUGUAAACGGUUUAACGGUAUAAAUAUUCGGUAUAUUUAUCGCUUCAAAGUUUAUAUAAAAUAGAGUGCGAGUGCUCAAGUAAGUCUGGUGCCGACGAGCUGCUGACUCAAACCUACGGUGAUCCCCGUAAAAACUUUCAGGAACCGGACCAAGAUGGUGGCAGACAUGGAAAGAUUUACUUUGUCGACAUACGGGAGAUAUGAUAAUGUUAAUAACAAUCAAUAUUUACAAGUUCAAUAAAACAUCUGUGGCGUUUUAUAUGUA